AUGAUAAAUAUAUCCAAACGUGUAUUCAUAAAAAAUGAAACGUCUACAAAAGUAAUACCUUACUUGGCUAAACCAUUUCUAAACAUUAAUUUUUUAAAUAAUGAAGAAAAUCCAUUUUGGCUAGGAGACGAAUAUAUUAAAAAAGCAAAUAUAAUAUUUAAUUCUAAAAUUAUUGCACAUCCUGUGUAUGUAGCUCAAACAAUUCAUAAAUAUAAACCAUCAAAUAUUCCUCAAAUAGCUAUAUUUGGUCGUUCAAAUGUUGGAAAGUCCAGUUUAAUAAAUGCGUUACUGAAUUAUAGAGAAGUUUCACAAGCAUCCAAUACACCAGGAAGAACUCGGCAUUUAUUUAUUUUCAAUUUAUUAAAUUAUUUAUCUAUUGUGGAUUUACCUGGAUAUGGAUAUGCAAAAGUAUCAAAGGAAUUACGAAAUAACUGGUCUAUAUUAAUUGAAGAAUAUUUAAAUAGAGCAAAGAACUUAAAACGUGCUUUGUGUUUAAUUGAGUCCACUGAAUCUUUUAGUACUUAUGAUUUUAUUUUAUUAGAUAUGCUAAUAACAAAAAAAAUACCAUUCCAAAUUAUCAUAACUAAAAUUGACAAACUUAACAUCCUUUCUAUUAUUGAUAAUUAUAAAAAGAAAGUAAAAGUAUACAAUGAAAAUAAAAAUAAAAAUAAGAACUACAAUAAUUUGAAUUACGAAAUGUGUGACUUUAAUAUAAAUGAAUAUAUACAUAAUGUUUCAAGUUUAAAAUAUUUUGGAAUUCAGGAAUUACGAGCGAACAUCAGUUUAAUAGCGUUGGAUAACAUGAAUUCCAAAAACAAACGAAAAAAUGAUCAUUUGAAAUGA